AUGAACCCACCUACGGGUUUGGAAUUUAUUUUGGAUCCUGAAAUAGAGAGGACAUUUAGACGAAGGUUGAAGAAGAAAAAGAAAAUGACAGAACAGAAUAUACAGCAAAUAGAACUUGGAGCCCAGUUGAAUCGGGAAUUUGAAAAUCCAGCGAUGAUGGCUAAUCAAGAAAGAAUUACUGCUAAUCCAAUUCAUUUAGCAGAUGAUAGAGAAAGAGCAAUCCGAGCAUAUGCACACCCAGCUGUGGAAGAGCUAAAUCCAUGCAUUAUUAGACCCGAAAUACAAGGAACCACGUUUGAGCUAAAGCCCGUGAUGUUUCAAAUGUUGCAAACCAUUGGGCAAUUUCAUGGACUACCGUUGGAAGAUCCUCACCUACACCUAAAGUCAUUUUUGGGAGUUAGUGACUCAUUUCGAUUCCAUAGUGACUCAUUUCGAUUCCAAGGAGUGGAUAAAGAUAUGAUUAGAUUGAGCUUAUUCCCAUAUUUAUUGAGGGAUGGUGCUAAAUCAUGGUUGAAUACCUUAGCACCGGGAACAAUUGAUUCGUGGAAUAGUCUAGCAGAAAAUUUUUUGAUCAAGUAUUUCCCACCCACUAGAAAUGCACGGUUCAAAAAUGAGAUUGUUACUUUUCAACAAUUUGAAGAUGAGACACUAAGUGAAGCUUGUGAGAGAUUUAAGGAGAUGCUUAGAAAGUGUCCUCACCAUGGACUACCUCAUUGUAUACAAAUGGAGACUUUCUACAAUGGAUUAAAUAUUGUUACUAAACAAGUAGUUGAUGCUUCCGCCAAUGGAGCUAUUUUGUCAAAGACAUACAAUGAAGCAUAUGAGAUUUUAGAGAGAAUAGCAUCUAACAAUUGUCAAUGGGCCGAUGUGAGAAGCAACCCAGGAAGGAAGACUCGAGGAGUACUUGAAGUUGAUGCUUUGUCUUCUAUCAAUGCUCAACUAGCUUCGGUGACUAAUAUUUUACAAAAUCUAGCGUUAGGGCAAGACUCCAUGAUCAAAGCACCAGUUCAUACAGCUGCUGCAAUUAACCAGACAGCAGCCGAAUCUUGUGUAUAUUGUGGAGAGGAACACACCUUUGAUCAAUGUCCAAGCAAUCCGGCCUCAAUUUUUUAUGUUGGGAAUCAAGCUAGUCAAGGCAACCUGAAAAAUAACCCCUUCUCAAAUACUUAUAAUCCGGGGUGGAGAAAUCAUCCAAAUUUCUCAUGGAAGGGACAAAGCUUGUACAACCAACAAAUGCCACCUAAAGCAAAUUACCCUUCAGGUUUUAGAUUACAAAAUCAAUUGGCUUAUAGUUCUCAACAAGUCAACACCCAAGGGAAAGGAACUACCCAAGCUCAAUACACAUCGGAAACAUCUAUUGAGAGCCUAAUAAAGGAAUAUAUGGCUAAAAAUGAUGCCGUGAUACAAAGUCAACAAGCCUCAUUGCGAAAUUUGGAAGUUCAAAUAGGGGGAGAAAAAAAUGCAGAACAAGGUGACAGCCAUUCCCAAGAAACUGCUGAUACACAGCAGAGAAAUGAGGAAGCUGCUGUACAGAAAGAACACAGCAAGGAUUAUGCAGAAGUUGAGGAGCAGCCUAAAAUGCAAACAACAGCCAGCAGUGAACAAGAGAGCAGAACAUACACACCAUCACCUCCUUUUCCACAAAGAAUAAAGAGAAAGAAAGAGGAAGCCCAUUUUGAGAAGUUUAUGGAUAUUCUGAAGGAAAUUCAUAUAAACAUACCACUUGUAGAAGCUUUGAAGCAAAUGCCAAAUUAUGUGAAGUUCUUGAAGGAUGUACUCAUUAAUAGAAGGAAGUUUGAAGAAUUUAAGGUGGUGUCGUUAAAUGAAGAGUGCAGUGCAAUAUUGAAGAACAAGAUCCCACUAAAGGAGAAAGAUCCUGGAUCGUUCACUAUUCCUGUAUCAAUUGGAGGAAAGGAACUAGGAAGAGCAUUAUGUGACUUGGGAGCAAACAUCAACUUAAUGCCUCUAUCUAUUUACAAGAAGUUGGGGAUUGGAGAGGCUAGACCGACUACAGUCACCUUACAACUAGCCGAUAGGUCCAUCACUUAUCCCGAAGGAAAGAUUGAGGACAUCUUAAUUCAAGUUGACAAAUUCAUAUUUCUUGCAGAUUUUAUCAUUUUAGAUUAUGAAGUCGAUCAUGAUGUUCCAAUUAUUUUGGGGAGGCCAUUUUUAAAAAUCGGAAGAACAUUAGUAGAUGUCUACAAAGGAACCAUCACGUUAAGAAUGAGUUACCAAAAAGUUGAAUUUAAUAUCAAUGACAGUAUGAAAUAUCCAGUGGUGAUAGAAGAAUGCUCAGCAGUGUAUGAAUUGACAAAACAACCAACGACCGAGGAAUGGGAUGAUGAGGAAAGCGAGCAGGAAGAAAACAGCAGCUAG